UCGAGGAGAUGGGAUUCCCGAGCUAAUCGCUAUAUCUACAGGCUAUACGAGUAUCCCAAACAGAUGGAGUACCCCAAAAGCGCGGAGAUGAGUCCUGCUAUUGGUCCCUGAGCUCGCCCGCCUUAUUAGAUUUUCCUCACAUGGGAUGCGGUUUUUCGCCCAUGUGUUUUUGUCCAUCUGCAUUCUUUGCAUAUCAGCACAUGGAUUUUUGGGAGCACAAAAUGGCGUUUUUCAGUUUCGAAACCCCAUCUUUUUUUUUUGAUUAUCAGGAUACCCAAUCGGGACUGGGCAGGGGCCGGUUUUUGGUCGUUGUUCGUUCCGUCGUUCGAACUUCUGCGAAAGUGCAAGGGAGCCAUUAUCGUCAUCACCAUAAUCACCGCCGAUCGUCGCUUCAAGGGGUUGUUGAAAUCGAAGGGGACGGACUUUGGGGUGGACUGUACAAGAGAAUAUCUGCUGCUGCUCGCACGAGAAUGCGGAGUACCCUCUUUCUCACGUUCGGUGUGCCCGUCACACCAGUCAUUCGACAGUCCGUCCUACCUUCCACGCCCACUCUCGACGGAGCCACCCAUUUGAAGCGAGGAGUAAGGCGGUGAAAAUCAUACAACUGUACUACUACUAGUUACUAUCAUACGAAAGGAAAUAGACCCCAGGGGAAGAGUACUUGGGAAAAAGAGAGAGGAAGUGUCUGUAUAGGUUUAGACGUUCUCUCCCUCUCUCUUCUUUAUUACAUAAUUAAUGCAAAUACACCUGCAAAAUGCACAUCACUUGUACAGGCGCUUAUGGUUGGUUUCACGUG